AUGGAGAACCAACCUCCUUCGCCGCAAGCAUGCUCUUCCAACCCUCCCACUGAAAGUUCCUUCAGUUUUACGCCUAUCAAAGCCUUGAGCGCCUUGCCGCGACUGUGGGAUCGCAAACCUUCGACGCCUGUCCGGGCCGGAGAUAAGACACGAAAGCUGUGGAAGCGCAUUCGCUUUCCUUUUACUGCCAUGAAUACCGUGUCAGGAGUCCAAAACUCCGGGGUCGGUGCCUCUAAGAACUCGGACUACCAGCGCGGCGUGAAGCGCCAGUGUGUUGACCCCGCCGAGGCGGACCACGAGAGUGAGGCCGAGCAACGUGGUCGGUCUUUCCUUGAGACUAAAUGGGAGAUGCAGGCGUCUCGGAAACGACGCAAGUUGCCCGAAUUCAAUUUUAACAUCCACGACGAGGGCUCCCAGGAGGUGUUUGGUUUCGUCGCAAACCAGCCUAGGGGAACACUCGAUGAUGUUGUUGGCGACGUAGCUACGAAUGCGGCACCCCAGUCGCUCCGCGAUCUGUGGAAGACUACCAAGACGCCGGUCUACAAUGACGCUAUGGCCACGGACCUCACCGAGCUGAAUGCUACAGGAUCCGACGCAAACACAGCACAGGGUCUAGAGUCUAGACCAUCCAGCCAAGACGCGCCGACUGUGAUCGAUAAUGCAGGAGAGGACCAGACCAACCUAGUGUCUACCACAGAGUCCGUUCAAAACCUGACGCAGGAGCAGGAGAUCAAAUUGGUGCGAUCGGCAUUGCGAAGCUCCUUGGAUGGCGAGGAUGCAGAGCUGCUCAACGACUUCCUUUCCAGGGCGAAUGCGAAGCGGGCCGCCAAGGCCACGCAUCCCGAGGAUGCGAAAUCACCGCAGGUGUCUUCCAGCCCAAAGGAGUCGCCGGAAGUUGAAUGCUCAACACCGCCACCACGUCGCGCGUUGGAGGAGCUGACAACCAACUCACCUUCACCUGUCAAGUUGCAUUUCUCGCCCAGUAAAUAUGACGUCAAGCGCGCUGCCGAUGGCGCCGAUGAUCGGGAGGAUAUCAUCCCCAAAGAGACCAAGGAAGAAGCCCCUUCUAGCCCUGGAUAUCGUCGGAGUACCCGAACCAAAGGCUCGAGUACCCCUGCCAUGCGCAACACUAUCUCAUUCCGUCGAGCUAAAGGGACAGAGUUCGUUUUCCAACAGCGAACUGAGACCCAGCAGGUGGCUAUGGCUACAAAGCGCAAUACCCGGCUCAACAAGGGUAAAUCUGUAACUCCCAUGGCCGCCCUGGAAGCGCUGGCCCAACAGUCGAGCGAGGAAGAACUUCAGCCGGGCAAUUCACAGAAUGAGAGCUCAACUCUCAAGGACACUAACUUCCGUGGGCCGAGCAAACCACGAAAGCAAGUGUCUUGGAAUGAGGAGCGUAUGGCCGAGUAUGAAGAGUAUAGAGAGCCAAUGGACGGGCAGGAAGAUGAAGAGGAGGGUGACCGAUGCACGAAUGACGUGGGCGCAACGCCUCGCCCGCGACCAGAAAGCAAGCGCACAGCAAAGAAAGCAGAGUCCGGUCAUCGCAGCAGCCGUAGCCAAACCCAAAAGGCAGACGAGACUGCAGAUAGUGGGGCCACCGAGAGCGGCCCAACCCCGACUACUGCACCUGCUACUGUAACCCCGCGCUCACGCCGGGUGAGGCGUUUGGGUGACUCGGGUAUCUUAGGGUCUGGUACCCCAGUUAAGACUGGAAGCCGCAGCACAAGCAAGCCUCCCGCAGCCUCGGCGUCCGCCGUGGCUGAUGUUGCCCCUUCCACACCUACCAAGGGCCGCCGCAAGCUUGCUCCCAAAUCGCCCAGCUCGUCCAAGCUUCCCGCACGAUCCUCUAAGCGUGCUAAUCACACUACGGAUCAGCCUUUCGUCAGUGGUAUCCCCACUCGCAGCUCACAGAGCACAGAAGAUGGACAGCGACAGAGUAUGCUUCAAAUGAGCGCAGGGUGCACGCCCACAGCUCGGCGCGUUCGGUCGAGAUCUUGA